AUGACGGUCCACGCUAUUUCCAGCCUGCCCGAAUUUAAGGAGACCAUCUCUAAGUACCCUGUCGUCAUUGUCGACGCUUUUGCGGAGUGGUGCGGCCCUUGCAAGGCCAUUGCUCCUGCUCUUGCCCGGUGGUCAGAGGACCCCGCUUACAAGGACAAGAUCUACUUUGUCAAGUUCGAUGUCGACGCCGUCCCCGAUCUUGCUCAGGAGCUUGGCAUUCGUUCCAUGCCCACCUUCAUCAUCUUCAAGGACGGUGAGAAGGUGGACGAGAUGGUCGGUGCCCAACCCCAGGCCCUUCUGGGCCUGCUUAACCGGUACAAGCUUGAGUAA